UCUGUUCAAUGACGCUUUACAACAUCGCUUUCACCGAGCAAGACACGAAUGAAAGAACAAAUCAUUUACAGGUAAAAAGCCAUACUAUUUUUUUUAUGAGGAUGUGCAUUUAUAUGCUUUUAAUGAUUAGCUUUGUCGUUGAUACGAAAUAGAGCGGGGCAGUUUCUCACCUGUCUUCGUGACGAUGCUUAAACACCUUGUGGCUUUAACGUGAAAGGAGGAUGAAAACAGACAGCUGGUACGGUAUAGUUCAAUCAAACAACAACAGCGGAAAAAUAAUAUUGCUGGCUCUUAUAUAUGAGCUUAUUUCGGGUCUUUUAAAUAUCGCUGCAGUCUCAAAUGCGUGUUGAGUUUAAUUAUUCAUGCUGCAUUUCAUGGAGAAAGGUGGUGCAUCUACAUUUAGCUUGUAUUUUAUAUAAAUUUUAAGUAUUAAAGUGAGUUAUGGAUUGACUGUACAAUGGAGAUUUUCAGAUAAGGAUGACAGAUAUGACGUCACCCAGGGCUCGCUCCAGCAGUGGAUCUGGAGAGGCAGCGGAUGUGAUGUGAUGGGAACGGGAAUCACCAUCUGCCAUCUGCACCAUGAAUGUGUAGACUGUCAACUGAACAACUGUAACCAGGCCACAUUUCCACACAACAGAUUGAUUUGAUAAAAAAUUAAGUUAGGUUUAUAGGGCCUGUUUGACUCUGAAAACCAUGGACCAAGUGUGACAUUGGUGUUUUAUAUAUCAUCUCUUUUCCCAACUCUUCAUUCUCUAUCAAGAUGGCAUCAUGUGUUUCCGGCUGUUCUUCAGUGAUGAGGUUCUGUCAGAAGCUGAACAGACUAAAGACGUUGGAGGAUGACGUGAUGGCAACAUCACUGAAACGUUGUCUGUCCACAGUGGACCUCGCUCUGCUUGGUGUAGGUGGGAUGGUGGGAUCAGGCCUGUAUGUUCUCACAGGAACUGUUGCUAAAGACACCGCAGGACCAGCUGUCGUAGUAUCGUUCAUCAUAGCAGGAGUAGCGUCUCUCAUGGCAGCGCUGUGCUAUGCUGAGUUUGGUGCCCGUGUACCAAAGACAGGCUCCGCCUACAUGUUUACUUAUGUCUCUGUUGGGGAAAUCUGGGCUUUCCUGAUUGGUUGGAAUGUAAUUUUGGAGUAUAUGAUAGGCGGGGCAGCAGUAGCUCGUGCGUGGAGUGGCUAUCUGGACUCUAUUUUCAAUCACCGCAUCCAGAACUUCACUGAAAGUCAUGUGAUGCGUUGGGACGUGCCCUUCCUUACUCAUUACCCAGACCUCUUAGCAGCUUCCAUCCUCCUAGUGGCUUCAUUUUUCAUCUCAUUUGGUGUUCGUGUCUCAUCUUGGCUCAACCACAUCUUUUCGGCCAUCAGUAUGGUAGUCAUUGCCUUUAUCUUGGUGUUUGGCUUCGCACUGGCAGAUCCAGUCAACUGGAGUGCUCAGGAGGGAGGCUUUGCCCCAUUUGGAUUUUCAGGUAUUAUGGCAGGAACUGCAACAUGCUUCUAUGCCUUUGUUGGCUUUGACGUGAUAGCAGCUUCCAGUGAAGAGGCCAGUAAUCCUCAGAAGGCUGUUCCUGCAGCGACUGCCAUCUCAUUGGGCCUGGCGGCCACAGCCUACGUCCUGGUCUCCACAGUUCUUACGUUGAUGGUUCCAUGGCAUACGCUCGACCCAAACUCAGCUCUGUCAGAUGCGUUCUUCAGACGGGGAUAUAGCUGGGCUGGGUUCAUUGUGGCUGUGGGCUCCAUCUGUGCCAUGAACACUGUGUUGCUCAGCAACCUCUUCUCUCUCCCGCGGAUUGUGUAUGCCAUGGCGGAGGAUGGCCUCUUCUUCUCUGUCUUUUCUCGUGUCAACCCUGUAACCAAAGUCCCAGUGAUCGCCAUUCUUGUCUUUGGCAGCCUUAUGGCAUUUCUUGCCCUCAUCUUUGAUCUAGAAGCACUAGUCCAGUUCCUCUCUAUUGGCACUCUGCUUGCUUACACGUUUGUAGCGGCCAGCAUCAUAGUGCUCCGCUUUCAAUCGGAUAAAAGUACUGGGAGCUCAGGAGGAGGUGGAAUCAAGACAGAUGCUUCAUCCACACCUUCACUGAACCAGUCAGGGCAGCAGGUGGAUCCAUCUGUGGCAGUGAAUGAGACCCAGACCUUUGCACAGGACAGCGGAGAGCCGAAGGAGUAUGAAUCUUUCUCUGAUAAACUUCAGCUGGUGGAGAGGCAGAAGGCGGUGAAGGAGAGACGUGCUGCUGGAACACUGAAGGCUUGUUGGGAACCGUAUUUGGGUCGUAUACUGGGGGACUGUGAGCCAGGGGAGGUGGUGGCGUUCUCUGUGCUGGCUCUGAUGGUCAGUGCAGUCUCUCUUUGUGCUGUGUUGGUGUUUGGGAAUAACCAGCUUCAUCUGCCUGUCUGGAGUUUCACUCUGCUUCUGGUCAUCUUCAGUCUGGUCUUCCUGCUCAGUCUGGCUCUCAUCUGGGUCCAUGAACAGCAGCCCAAUCACAAGACUUUCCAGGUUCCUCUGGUGCCAUUUGUUCCUGGCUUCAGCAUCCUCCUGAAUGUAUUUCUCAUGUUGAAGUUAAGUCCGCUCACCUGGAUCCGUUUCACCAUAUGGCUCGCAGCAGGUCUUCUGGUGUAUUUCGGGUAUGGCGUCUGGCACAGUAAGGAAGGUUUACGGGAAAAGCAGGGGCAGGAAGUGGCAGCGCGAUACGUGGUCCUUCCCAGCGGCAGCCUGGUGGAGACAGUCCAGAACGUCCAGCCUGAAGGACACACUCACAACACACACACACCAACCCUCGACAAUCCACCUGCCAGCAGGUGAUCUGAUCAUGCUGAGGUGUGUUUACAGUACACCUGCAUGCCUGCCUGUUCUAUUACUCUUGCUUUCUUUCUCUUAUGUUUCACUUCCAUUUACUACUGCUGUCACCAUGUCAAGAUAAACCAAACUGUUCAUCACGGAUUAAAGGAAUGUUUGGGUUUGAUACAAGUAAAGCCCAGCAUUUGUGGCAUAAUGUUUAUUUCCAUAAAAAAAUAAACUCAUUUCAACUUAUACCUCUUUUUUUAAUGCAGAGUGGGACUUUAAUGUUUGCAGAUUGGCCUCAUUCACUUCCUUUGUAAGCGUCUCACUGUAACUCAGAUAUUUGCUUAUUUUUUUAGGAAGGACAAAUGUAAAAACAUGUAGUAAUCAACAUUAUGCCACAAAGACUGUGAGAAAAAACUUGUACUGAACAUGAAAUAUUUCUUCUAAAGUCAGUAAGUCAUUGUAUUUUAUGUAUUCAACUUCCUUUGUUGGCAUCAUAAACAUAACUGUGGGCCAUUUACUUUCUUUCUUAUGUAACAUAUCCACUGUUAAGAUACUUUGAGCAAUUAUGCUGGCUUGUAUGUAAAUUAUAUAUGGGAAUAAGUGAAGUGCACCAUAAUUCUCUGGCCCAACCGGAUUCAGUAUCUCCAUUGUCUUUUAUGGUGUUUACAUAGAGCUGAGUAGAUCCGCUUUGCUGCUCUUUGAAAGCUGAAACCUUUAAGACAGGCUGCUGUUUAUCAUUCAAACACUGAUGGAAGUUGGUGCUUGAGCAUAUUCAGAGGAAACAUUUUUAUUUGUGUAGUCCAAACACUGAAACACACAGUAUGAUGGUACGUUAAUUUAUAAUGCAGUAGUCUGUGGUUGUUGAAAGAUAAUUUGGAAUGUAGUUACUGGCAGAUACCUGAUAUUUUUAUGGUUUCUGCAGAUCUGUGGGAAUCACUGACAAUCACUGGUUGUUAGACAGAAUAUAUAGGGUCUGUUUAAAGGUCUCUGAGUGUCUCAGCAAAUGCUGUAAUGGGAUCAUGUGGAACUACUCAAAUCUAUCUCCCUUCCCCCGUCAUAUCCUCCCCCCCACACACACAUACUCUGACAGCCAUAAUUUUAAUUUAACAGAAGGCAGGAAUCAUUAAGGGAUCACAUGAAUCUACUCAAACAUUACCAUUUUUACACAUAAAUUGUCUUUUGUGUGUCUGGGUCACAAACACACUCUUUAAACACACACUAACCUCAGUGUCCCUGAUUCCAACACUUCUCUCUGUUUUGUUUUCCAUCGCUUUUCUGCACCUCAUGAAUAUUUAUUUUUAUAAUACGGUAUAACUGUAUAGUUAUUUAUUUUUCAGUGUAACCCAACCAAAAUCAUGUUUUAAUAAUGUUCACUAUUCAUGAUGUUAAAGUGAAUUAAGUAUUUCUGUUUUUCAUAUGUUUGUUUGAUAACCUUUUGAACCUUAAGCUGCUCUUGAGUAAUCGUGUUUCAUUUGUGUCCACUGACACUCCUCACUUGCCUUACCUUUGCAAACACACUUACCCUAACAUUCACUAAUCCUUAUUCCCACACUCAGAUUUGCACAUCUCAUGUGACAUCGACACACACACACCAAACUCCCCUUAUUCUCACACACACUCACACAGUGUUGCGUGACAGAGCUGGGACAUUAACUUGGCAUUGGUACCUUGGAACUGACUGGUUGUUUUAGCAUUUGGGUCAGUGACACACAUUUUUUUUUUUAUUGUCCAAAUCUAUUAAUUUAUUAAAUAUAUAUGAAAAAAAAUACAUUUCAUACAUGCAAUUACUUGAAUACACCUCUUUUAUGAUAAAUAUGUUUCUAAUAUAAAUAAUAAUAACAAAAAAAUGACAGGGUGAUACAACUCCUGAUUUCAGAAUGAAGAAAAAAACGAAUUAAAAGGAUGAAGUUCUUGAAAAGAAGUAAUUUUAACAUUUAUUUUAUUCUUAGAAAAAAAUACUAUAAAUAUUUGAAAAACUAUUUGAAAAGAGUUAAUUUCCAAAAACAUGACACACGCAUUUAAGGGUGUGUUAACACUUUUUAAAGAAAAUGACACAUUUAGUCCUGGUUUGCUGUCAUUUAACACCAAACCUAAUGACACAAAAGAAGAGGCAUAAGGAUAAGGUCACAACCUGAUUGGACAGCUUUUUUGGUGUAUAUUCUGUGACAGAACUUGCCGAACAUCAAAAACAAUGCUGUGUGCUAAAUGCGCUUGUAUGUGUGUACAUAUGGUGGUAUUUUUCCCAGCUGAGAACUCAUAAAGAUCUUAUAAAAUGUGUAAAGGAGUCAAAACAGCCGCAGAAAAUCCUCCAUUGCACACAGAUGAAGAUCUGCUGAGAGGAGACGUGGUUUUGAUGCCUGUACUAAACUCUAAUGGGCAACAUAGCUCUUAUGAUGAGAGAAAUCAAGUAUGCUUGAGCAUUCUAUACUUUAUAGGGUCACACCUUGUGACAUCACAUCUUGUUUUUAGUUUGUUUAUCUUUGGUCUGUGUUGUUGUGUUCAUAUUUAAGUCUAACCGCACCAGAGUUUGUUUGGAAGUAGACCCAGACCCUCUGAAAAUGUGGGUGUCGGUCCACUUGUUUGGUGCGCACUAGGGUUCAGAUGUCAGCGUUCACACUUAAUCAAAUAAACCACACUAAGCAUGUAAUCACACCAGAGUUCAUUUUAAUCAAACCAAACCUGCCAAGUGUGAACAAACUCUUAAACAUUUGUCAUUGAGCAAGCUUCAUGAUUUUAUGUUUCAUGAUUGACCUUAUUAGAAUAGAAGAAAAUAGAAUACUCAAAAUUAUAUUGGCAAACACAUACACACAGUGUUGAGAAUUACUGGCCCCCCGAUCACCAGUGUGCCCUUCAGAGCACUUUACUUUACCAGUAAAGAGUUUCUCAAAGUGGACUGUCCGUUUUAGUUGGGAUGCAUUAUAAAUGUUUAGGAACUUACAACGUAAAAUGACUAAUAAUAAUUUAUACUUCACAUUAACACUAUAUUAUUGAGAAACAAGCACAGAAUGGACCCUUUCCUCGGUACAAGCAUAAUAGAAGAGUGCAUUUUAUACAUAUAUAGAUACUGGCUGGAUAGCAGAUUUUAAAAAAUAUUCCAUACAAAAGCAAGUAAGGGAUAUUCCGCUUCACAAGCCCCUGUAAUCUCCCUCACCCCCUAGAUUUACAGCGUUCUCUUCCUCACAGAUUGACCCAGAUUAUCCCUGUAGAGAGAGUCAGUGCAGCUGGAGAUUAUUGUACAGCGCUACACACAUUCAGAAACAUGAUGUGUCAUUCUACUUCCUGCUGUUUCUGUUUAAUCAUGCACAGUUCUAAUUCUUCCUCUCUGAAAUAAAGAAUGUGACUGCUCCAUCUCGGUAUACCAAAAUGUCAUUAUAUAUUCCUGUUUAUGUCCUUCAUACCAUUUUUAUCAAUCACAUGAUUAGGGUAAAAGCCCAACACAUCACAUUGUGGCUGCCCAUCCACUGCUUUAGAUAGAAUAUUGAUAUAAAAUACUCCCUUUACUGAGUGCACUUGCUCUGGUGUUUGUUCAGACGCUUCUAAUGCUUCUAAUGGAGGUUUAUAUUCCAAGUCUGUUUUCUACUUUUGUUCAACAGCUGUCUUGAAUUUGUAUCUAAAACUGUCUGCCAGUCCACUCUGCUGUAUAAUCCACUUCAUGUCUUUCUGGCAGCCAGACGUAGUUGCUUAAUGAGGAUGUUGAAGACUAGAUGAAGGCACAAGUCCCAGUUAACAAAUACAUAUUAUAUCUGUAUGUUUGUAUAGCACAUGUAACCAAUGGCCUUAAUGAUUCAGAUACUGAAGCAUUCCCAAAGUUUUACAUACAGCUACUGUAGACUGUAAUUUUGUGGAAUUUAAGAUUAUUGAAUCAAAGAUGAAAAUGAUUAUAAAGCUGAGAUCUUGUUUUAAAGAAAUUUUGGAGCACCUGUUUUUGUCUUAACCUCUUUCUACACAAUUUUCCUGUAAACCAGCUUGGUUUGUUUAUGCCCUUCUCACUUGCACUCUCAUCUCUUAUUAAGAAAUUUCCUCUUUGUUGUGUCAUGAGCAUAUACCUCUGUCUUUGUAACAUUCUGUUAUAGUGAUGAAUAAAUGUUUUGAAGCAUCA